ACUAACUACUCGGAGGGAGGGAGUCCUUCUGCGCGAGGAGGGUGCCCGAGCUGGGACGGGGAAGGGCUCUUGAUUGCACUGCUGGCUGCCACUGAGCCCUGGUGCUGCUACUCACUCCCCUGUGGAGGCCAAAGUGCCCCAAGGAGGAGGGGCCCGCGUUGUUUGUGGGGCGCCUAGGCAGAGACAGACAGAAGGGAGAGAGAGGCGCAGGGCACACUGCAAGGUGGUCCGGCGUUGGACACCAGCACCACCUGGGUUUUUCCCGAAGCUUCGAUUACAAAGAGCGAGGAGGGUGGGAGGGCCACUGGGUGUAAUAGGUGCGCUCCUUUCUCUACCCUCCGAUGCCACUCUUGCGCGAAUACUUGUCGGCCCUUCGAUGGUGGUGACGCGACAUGACGCUGGUAGAUCUAGAUUCCCAAGUCGCUGAGGGUGUAAUCGGUUGACGGUCGAGUCAAGCUUUUUGUCUUCCUGCCGAGAGAGAGAGCUGGGUUGGGGCUAUAUUUUUCUUUCCAAGGGGGAAACGAUUGCAGUUCCACGUGGUGGAAUCGAAGUGCCCAGGCAUCAUCAUUGCGCUGCUUCACGCCUGCCAGAUGGGGUGUGUCUACGGCGCCAAGCAACAAACGAGUCUUUUCACUGAAGCUUCGGUGUAGGUGGCUUCCGAGGCGAGAAAACCAGCUGCUUCUCUUACUGCUGCUGCUGCAACGGGGAAGUGGUUGGGGUUGCUGCUGGUGGAGGCAGGUGCGUGAGCCUUGUCGAUUCCGUAUGCCUGGAAAGGCCUGGUUGUCGUCGUGGAGGGGAGUAGCGGACUUGAGUCGGAGCGAAUUGUAGAUUAGUAGAGGGGUUUAGGCGGAGCCGAUGCUGUAUUCUAUACUUUGGUGUCGGAAGACAUCGGGCAGGCACUGAGGACCCGUUGAGCAAAUGUACGAGGAUUGCACGUUCCUGGAGCCGUAGAAUGGGCUCAUCAGGAAUGACAACGACGAAGGAGAUUGGGCUUAGAAGUUGACAAGGGAGGGAAUUAGAGGUUUUCAUCAUGGCCGGCAUCAUGAAAUUCUGGAAAAGGAAAAAACGAUCUAAUUCAGAUGCAGGUGGUGGUGGUGCUGAGGAGGAUUCUCGCACAGUUCAUUGUAAUCGACCUGAUCAUGGUGCCUUAUUCAGCUACCCAGGGAACAAAACGUCGACCAGAAAAUACACGUGGUGGAACUUCGUACCACUGGCGUUGUUUGUUCAGUACCGAAGAGCAGCUUAUUGGUAUUUCACGGCAAUGGCCGGGCUCUCCCUAGCGCCAUUCGCGCCCUACAGCCCCGUCAGUGUGUGGCUGCCUCUUAUCUUCGUGCUCGUCUUGGGCCUACUUCGCGAAGCGUGGGAGGAUGCGCGGCGAGGCAGGGGUGACAAGGAACUUAACAACAGAGCAAUCGAUGUACACGACGGUAGCGGACACUUUGUAGAGAAGAAAUGGCGGGACUUACGCGUUGGAGAUCUUGUUAGGGUAAGAGAUGGCGACUACUUUCCGUCUGACUUGCUGCUGAUCUCGUCGACUGGAACCGAUGGCAUGUGCUACGUCGAGACGAUGAACCUGGACGGCGAAACCAAUCUGAAGGUUCGACAAGCGUUGGAGGUCACCUGGGGAAUAGAUGGUAAGGACGAAAACAAAUUGCGGGGCUUCAAGGCGGAGUUGCUGUGCGAAGCCCCCAAUGCCUCUUUGUACACAUUUUCAGGUCGGCUCAAGAUUGAUGAAACUGAGCCCCCUGUGGGACCUCCUCAGCUGCUACUCCGAGACUCCAGCCUUCAGAACACGGGAACCAUACUGGGCGUGGUUGUGUACACCGGCCACGACACCAAGUCGAUGCAGAAUGCCACCCCUCCUCCUACGAAGCGCAGUCGGGUGGACCGGUCGUUAGACAAAGUAAUCUGGCUCAUGUUUUUGGUCUUGCUCGCCAUGGCCACUUUGACCGCUCUGGUUCUGGCUCUCCGCACCAAGGCGGAGGGUACCAACCUGUGGUAUAUGCGGCCCACGGAGGAUAAUCCUUAUUAUAAUCCUAACAAUGCUGCUGUUGCUGGCAUUGUGGGAUUUUUCAGUGGCCUCGUGCUUUAUGGGUACUUGAUUCCCAUUGCUCUCUACGUUUCAUUAGAGAUUGUUCGAGUCGCUCAAGCCCUUUUCAUGGUGCACGAUAUGCACAUGUACGAUCCUGCCACAGACAAACGUGCUAGGGUGAAGUCGCCAGGUUUGAAUGAAGAAUUAGGUCAAGUUGAUACGAUAUUCUCCGACAAAACAGGCACACUGACUAGUAAUCAGAUGGAUUUCUUCCGGUGCACAAUUCAAGGGGUUUCGUACGGUAAAGGAUCAACAGAGGUUGAGAGAGCAGCAGUGAAAUUGGGCAUGCCUAUGGGCCCUUCUCCACGUGAUCCGAAGCACGAGAACGUAGACGAGUCGAAUUUAGAGACGGGACCUGAUAACAACCCUUACAAGCAGAAGGGAUUCAAUUUUUACGAUGAACGUCUUCUCGGGUGCAAAUGGCUUGACGAAAGAAACUCUGAAGGGAUUAGGUUUUUCUUCGAAAUCCUUGCACUCUGCCACACUGCCAUCCCGGAAGGUACUCCCGAGGACCCUGAUGGAAUGCGGUACAGGGCCGAGUCACCGGACGAGGCUGCUCUUGUUGUAGCUGCGAAGCAAUUUGGAUUCUACUUCUACAAGAGGACACCCACAACUUUACAUAUUAGAGAAACUCUGAGAUCGAGUGACCCACCAAAGGAUCAAGUAUACCAGCUCCUGAAUGUUUUAGAGUUUAGCAGCCUGCGAAAACGAAUGUCCGUCAUCGUCCGCUUUCCUGACGGACGUUUGCUGCUACUCUCGAAAGGAGCUGAUUCCGUAAUUUUCCAGCGUGUCGGUCGAAAGAAUGGUGGCCCUAUCAGAGAGACGACUAGACAUUUGAAGCAAUUCGGAGAAGUUGGCCUGCGUACCCUUGUUGUGGCUUACAAAGAACUGGACGAAGACGAGUAUGAGAGCUGGCAGAAAAAUUUCGCAGAGGCUAGAUCAUUAAUAGGGAAAGAAAGAGAAUCACGCACAGAAGAGUUGGCAGAGGAGAUUGAACAGGGUCUUACUGUUGUUGGCGGCACUGGAGUAGAGGAUAAAUUGCAGGUAGGGGUUCCAGAGGCUGUUGAUCGUCUUGCUCGCGCAGGCAUCAACAUUUGGGUCUUGACCGGCGACAAGGUUGAAACUGCUAUCAACAUUGGCUAUGCUUGCAGUCUACUUAGACAAGGGAUGGACAAUCUAAUUGUGAGUCUGGAGAGUGCGGGAGCUCGAGCAAUUGACGAAAAAGCGGAGAGAGAGAAUUGGUCGCGCGGUAAAAAAUUUGAGAAACAAAAAGAGUUCGUAGCGAAGAAGCUUUCAGAUGCCUUGGAACUGGUCUUAGGAGGGCACGCCAAUCCUCGAGGAACAAGUACCAGCGAGAGAAAUACCAGCUUCUCUGAAAGCCUGCAAAGUGCCCUUUCCCGCAGUCUCAGUAAGAACAGUGCCACUUUGGCACGAAAUCUGAGCAAUAGCAGCGCAACUCUUGCACGCAAUCUAAGCACGCCUAGUGCCCGGCACUCGCGUCAUCCAAGCGCCGGACAGAAAGUUUUUGAAAUGUUACCCUUGGUAGAUGGUCAAGAAGUGGGUGUCAAUGGUGAAGGGCUGGAUCAAAGGGAGAGGGCUUACAGUAAAGAGAAUGUGGUUACACGUUCUCGACGAGCGCGUCCUGCGGAGCCGAUUGAUUAUGCGCUUGUUAUAGAUGGGCAAUCUCUCACAUUUAUUCUUGCCGAAGAAGAGCUUCAAGAGCUCUUUUUGAAAGUCUGCAUCAAUUGCUCUUCAGUGCUUUGUUGUAGAGUUUCACCUCGCCAAAAAGCUCAGGUAACUACUCUUGUGAGGAAGGGGCUGGGUCAACACCGGCUGUGCUUGGCUAUUGGAGAUGGUGCAAACGAUGUGGGAAUGAUUCAAGCUGCUAAUGUUGGCGUUGGCAUUCUGGGCGUCGAAGGGGCUCAGGCGGCAAUGGCAGCAGACUUUGCCAUCGGGCAAUUCCGAUUUCUGGAGCGCCUACUCCUUGUACAUGGAAGGUGGUGUUACCGACGAGUUUCUCUCAUGAUUCUCUACUUCUUCUACAAAGUCUGCAUCAUGGGUUGGAUAUCCUUCUUCUCCAACAUAUUCACUUACUUCUCAGGAAACCCACUGUACAAUGAUUGGUACGCUUCUUUUUACAACACAGUCUUUACGGCGCUUCCCAUAAUCGUUAUUGGGAUCCUCGACCAGGACGUGACUCCUGUUGAAGCGUUCCGCUACCCACAGCUCUACCAAUCUGGGCAGCGUGGCGAGCUCUUCAACAAGAGGUUAAUUAUAUGGUGGCUGGCGAACUCCCUGUAUGCUGCUGCAGUCAUCUUUUUCUUCCCACUUCUGAUCUACUCAGGGUUAAGUGCUAUCCGGCCCGGCGGCCAAGUAGCGGCAGCGCAAGAGUUCGGGGCGGCCAUGUUCACUGUCCUAGUGCUGGUGCCUAACUUGCAAAUCUACACGGCAUUCCACUAUUUCACCUGGAUUCAUCACGUAGCCAUUUGGGCGAGCAUAGUGAGCUGGUACUUGUUCAUUAUCAUUUAUGGUGCAUUGCCAGUCGGUUACUCAACCAUCGCGUACCGGGAAUUUGUAGAGGUGUUGGCGCCCUCAGCAACCUAUUGGUUGCUCCAGCCACUUGUUGUGAUGGCAGCUUUGUUACCGGACCUCAUGCUCAGGAGUGCAAAAACAGCGUACUACCCACCAGAUUACCAGAUCGUGAUAGAGCACACUAACAGAGGUACGGAGCAUCCAGCUCAGGCCUGAACUCUUGUACGAUAAUGUAGAUUCCCAUUUUCGAUGUUCCAACUGUGUCUUGCUUUUUUCACGAGACUCCCUUGCAACCAAGCGAUGUCUGUAGGUAGUCGUAAAGCUACAGUGUGCCUGUAGGGGCACAAGAUCUCGUGUUCUUCCCUCACAAGCCUGCCAGUUAUGAAGAGGCAGUCGAUCAAGCUUUGAAUUCCAGAAGCUUAUUAAUUCCAGAAGCUAAUCAAUCCAUGAAAGGUGUACGCUACUGAUUCUUAGAGUUGUAAUGUGAAUGCAAGGAGGUACCCACCUGCUAGCAAGUAUUUAUGUAGAGCUCUCCAUUCAUUCAGCAUAUGCAAAUGGAAAUUGUGUUGAAAUGCAAAGUAUUGAUGCUCAUUGCAUUAGGGUUCCAAUUCACCUUU